GUCUAAGCUCUCUACAUUUUCUUUCAUGUUUAUUUCUGUAUAAUUUGAAAAAUAAUAACAAAUACAUAAUGAAUUAUUUUAUUCAUAUAGAGAAUAAACGAUCCUUUUAAUUAACUAAUUAAUUAAUUCCAUUAAUAAUACUAGACAAUCAAAGAGUUUUAUAACGAAACAAAUAGGGAAUCGUUAAAAUGGAGGAGAGAAAACCAAAAGGAGAUCGUCUAUUUCCAAACUAUAAAUGGAGUUUACUUUCUGGCAGGAAUCAUAGGAGUCUUUGGGUAAAUAGAUCAUUUACUUUCCCAUCUAUGUCUUUAUCUCUCUGUCUCUUUUCUGCUUCCAUUCUAACAUAUUAUUGUUUUAACUAUUUAUAUUUCAUCCUUCAAUGGACAUCUAGAAUUGACUAUGUUCAUGAAAAAUUAGGUUAUCGCUUGGCUAUAAGUUUUAGUCAAAUUUGUACUAUUAUAGGAUCAGUAAUUGCCUGUUUAAUUGUUCAGUUCAAUAGUGUUCAUUUACUUGGUAUAUCUAGAUUUAUUUUGGGAUUGCCAAUAGGUUUGCUAAAUUGCAUAGUUCCAUUGUUUUUAUGGGAUAUUACAAGUCAUCCAAUAAGAAAUUAUCUGUCAGUUAUCCAUCAAUUUUCAGUCAUCUUAGGAAUUGGUAUCUCGAGUUUCACGGCAUUAGAAAUCGCUAUAGGACGACGUAACAUAUGGCCUUUUGUCUUGACAAUUCAAAUUAUUCCAGGAAUUAUUACUCUCUUUGGUAUUCUAUUUGUUUACGAUAGUCCGAAGUUUUUAUUUAUAAGAAAAAAUUGGGAAAAAGAGGCUCAAGCUUCUUUAAAAUUCUAUAAAGGAAAUGACAUUGAUUUCGAUAAUGAACUUUAUUAUCUAAAUAUAGAAAAGAUGAAAAUUUGCUUCGAGACAACAACUGGAGCAAAAAAGUCAUCAUUUCGAUAUCUAUUUACCGAUAAAUCCGUUCGUAAACAAUUAAUUAUAGUCAUUGGCUUAUACCUAACUCAGCAAUUUACUGGUAUAAACUCUAUACUAUUCUAUUCUUCUUCUCUCUUCAAAGGUACGUAGGCCUACAAGGCUACAAAAUAGUUAUUGACUAAUAACUUGAUCUUUUAUGCUUGCCUCUUCGUUCAUCUAUAUUGUUAUUACUAUUAUUACAUUGGGAAGAAAGAGGCUAAUUACAAGAGCUCUGAAUUGCAAUGGGCAGUAUUCGGAAUAAAUUUGAUCAAUAUCCUAAUUGCAGCUAUUAUGAUCCGUUUUUUGGAUUUUUAUGAGCGACGUAAUGUCAUUCUCUAUACUUUAAUAUUUAUGAUAGUGGACUCUAUUACGAUUACAAUACUUUUGUGUAAUUCUCAUAAUCGAGUCUGUAGCUAUCUGAUAUUUGCUGCCUUUACUAGUUACUUAAUAGCGUAUAAUAUUGGCCUUGGUCCAUUACCUUGGUUAGUGGUUAACGAACUAUUUGAUGAAGAAAUUCUAAGAUAUAAAGUUAUAAUAAUUUCUAGUUUAAUUAAUUUAUUAAUGAAUCUAAUAAUAAUAAUAUCUUUUCAAAGUCUUUUAUAUAUUUUAAAAGGUUAUGUAUUUUUAGUAUUU